AUGUCGGCCGCAGAGAACGAGUUUCAAGAGUUGAUGCGGGAUAAGUCACAUCGCAAAAAUCACCCAGACGAUGACAGCGAUGCUCGAUCGACCUUCCUCUUCGCCGACGACGAAGAAGACGAAACGCCUCGACCUUCAAUCGCGACCGAAUCCAGACCGAGCGUGAGUCUGGCGAGAAACAAAAUUCCGAGCAAGAGAUAUGGAGCCAACACCGGUCCCAAAGGUGUGAUCUCAGAUGCGCAGGACUGGCGAGACUCGGUGCGGAAAGAGAGGUCUUCUAUAUCGCUUCGACGGUACGGUGGACAACAAAAUGGAUUCGAGCCGACGCUAUCGCAGCCGCUGAGCGAGGAGGACGAGGACGAGGAGUUCGAAGAUGAGGAUUUCAUGCAGAGAUGGAGAAAGAGCAGGCUCACGGAGAUGAAGUCUGGGCCGCGAACGAGUAAAUUGCAUCAAAACUCGCAGAAUAGGACAAUAUACGGAGGAUUGACAGCUGUGGAUGCGGAGGGAUAUCUGGACGCUGUGGACAACUCGCCUUCUGACAUCGUGGUUGUGGUUUACAUCUACGACGAAUAUUCACACAUCAGCCAAUUGUUUGAGAACUGCCUCCGCAAUCUCGCAACAAAGCAUCCAAGGACCCGCUUCGUGAAACUUCACUACGACGAUGCUGAAAUGGAGCCCGCUGGCGUGCCCGCGAUCAUCGCAUAUCGCGGCGGAGACAAGUUUGCGGGCUUGGUGCCAUUGAUGGCCGAGCUUCCGGACGAUGCGGAGCUGGAUGCAACUACGGUGGAGUCGGUCCUGAAGAGGCACCAGAUUCUGCACUGAUUGGAGCACAAUUUACUCUGCAAGAUGAUUUGCAGCUCACGAUGAUUGCAAAACAGACGGAAAUUCAGCAAGUCGGCGACAAUCUCGACUGGGCAUACGUUGUCCCAGACACUGCUCUCGAGAGGGUUCCAUUGGAAGAGUGGCCUGGCAUUGGGGGAGUUCGGGGUUCCAGGCAGCCGGCG